AUGUCGACUGCUGAGGGAAAGGAGGAGAGCUCUGCUCGUGAAUACAAGCCCAGUUACGAUCCACAAUCCCUGCUUGAUUAUGAGACCGAUUUCAUCAGCCGCGAGGACAUCAACAGUUUUGCCAAAGCACUUGCUGCUCCGACCACAGAACCAGUUACUGCGUUGAACGACUGGGGCCCAAUUCACCAAAAGGUCAAACGGAACCGGGCUCGACGGAAACCACCUCGGAGAUCCAAGGACGAAACAAGGGAAGGUUUUGUUUACAAUAUUCUGUAUUACCCUCUUCUAUUUCUUGUUUGUGGAUGGAUCGUCUUCCUUUUUAUCAUCUACAACCUGACUCGUUUCUACAUCUAUGCAUACGAGCACAUCUUCACAUGGAGGGGCCGACGAGAAACCCUUCGUAGGCAGCUCCAGAGAUCAAACACGUACGAAGAAUGGCAAGAAUCAGCCCAAAGACUAGAUGAGUAUCUCGGAAAUGAGGAUUGGAAAAAGUCGGACCCUUAUUCCUACUACAAUCAUCAGACUGUAGCACGAGUGACAGCUCAACUCGCCGAUCAGCAGCGGAAGGUAGAUCAGGAAGCCACACAUGGCCGGGACGGCAAGGGUGGCUUUACCGCACUGGAAGAACUAAAGGUGCUACUGGAAAGCUGCAUGAAGAACAAUUUCGUUGGCAUCGAGAAUCCCCGCCUCUACAGCGAGACAUACCUUGGAACCAAGGAUCUGAUUCAGACUUUUGUGGACCAAGUGGAGAAAGGCCUACGGACUGUUCUCGAUAGCGACCAAAUGAGCAACAAGGACAAGGCUACAUUCUUUCGACACCUGGAACUCAAUUACGGACGAACAGCACUUUGUCUCUCCGGAGGAGCCACCUUUGCAUAUUACCAUUUCGGAGUUGUCAAAGCGCUUCUGGAUGCAGGUGAGCUGCCCGAGAUUAUCACGGGCACUUCUGGCGGUGCUCUCGUCGCAGCUCUCGUCGCUACUCGAACCGAUGAGGAAUUGAAACAAUUACUCGUGCCAGCCCUCGCGUAUCGCAUCCGAGCAUGUCAUGAGGGACUUACAACAUGGGCACUUCGGUGGUGGAAAACAGGUGCCCGCUUCGACUCUCUAGAUUGGGCAUUGCAAUGCAGUUGGUUCUGUCGUGGAUCAUUGACGUUUCGAGAAGCAUACGAGAGGACCGGCCGCAUUCUGAACGUUACCUGCGUGCCCUCUGACCCACACUCACCUACAAUACUCAACAACCAUAUCACGAGCCCGGAUUGUGUCAUCUGGUCUGCUGUCCUUGCCUCUGCUGCUGUCCCUGGAAUACUUAAUCCGAUUGUUUUGAUGAGAAAGACUAGAGAUGGAAACCUUGCUCCGUACUCAUUCGGGAAUAAGUGGAAAGAUGGCAGUUUGCGUACUGAUAUUCCUUUGAAGGCUUUGAACAUCCAUUUCAAUGUCAACUUCUCUAUUGUUUCUCAGGUCAACCCCCACAUCAACAUCUUCUUCUUCUCACCACGAGGAUCUCCCGGGCGACCAGUGACCCACCGCAAAGGGAGAGGCUGGCGUGGAGGAUUCUUAGGUUCUACAAUCGAGACAUCUGUCAAGCUUGACCUGCAGAAAUACCUGAAGAUCCUCCGACACCUUGAAUUACUACCUCGGGUUAUGGGCCAAGACUGGAGUGAGAUUUGGUUGCAGAGAUUCUCAGGGACGGUGACCAUUUGGCCCAAAACCGUCAUCAGCGACUUUUGGAAUAUCCUCAGCGAUCCUAGUCCGCAGAGGCUCGACCGCAUGCUCAGAGUCGGUCAACGAAGUUGCUGGCCCAAGAUUCCAUUCAUCUCCAACCGCAUGAAAGUAGAACGAAUUAUUCUUGAAGGUCUGAGGAGAGCGGGUCCGGUCGAAGAGGGAUAUCGUGACCCCAAUCCAGUUCUUGAACAGCAAUCGCAGGAAGCAUCGCUACGGGCCAGAAGAAGAGCGAAUGACAGUAUCUCAUCGAUAGAUGAUGCACACCAUCGUAUUCUUGCACCAUCACCUCGUCGACCUAGCACCAUCCUGGAGGAGCUCAGUCGGCAAGCAUCUGUUCUUUGGGUUGAUGAUGGUCCUACGGAAGGAGAGGACGAUGGUCUGAGCUCGACGGAAGAGGAGAUGACGAAACCUGUAGAGGGAAAGCAAGAAGAUCCAUGA